GAUGUUCUCCAAGUGUUUCGUUUUACUCGCUGUGCUCUUGGCAUUAGGUCAGUUGAUCCAAGGCUGUUUGAUUACGAACUGUCCACGAGGAGGCAAACGCAGUGGUAAAUUCCUACCGGAAACCAAUGUUAAACCUUGUGUUUCAUGUGGUCCGGCUCAUAGCGGACAAUGUUUCGGUCCUAACAUCUGCUGCGGUCCGUUUGGUUGCCUACUCGGCACACCGGAAACAGCGCGUUGUCAACGCGACGGGAUGUUCAUGGAGCGUGAACCGUGUAUUGCAGGCAGCGCCACCUGUCGUCGCAACACUGGACGCUGCGCUGCCGAUGGUAUUUGCUGCUCGCAAGACGCAUGCUACGCGGAUAAGUCCUGCUCUGUCGAUACUCGAUACGACGUCUACAACUUUGUCAACGCCGAGUACACAGCCUAACUCACUUGAAUAAAUUAAUUUUAUUUACACAUUUUAUCAGUCCGCGCUAUUAAUUUAAUGUUUGAUGAUUGAUUUUUGAAAAUAAAACUCACCUGCAAAUCAAA